CUGGCGGAACAGGGCGGUGAGUCCCUGCGCGGUGACCGCGUCUCCCCCCAACGCCGCCGCCCCGGCCCCAGCUGGACCCCGCUCGCCCCGCCCCAGGAUUGCUUUUGCCCUCCUGCGGCUCGGUGGGGGCGGAAAGCUCGGUAGCGUGGCCAGCAAGGCAGAUGCCAUGGCCCUGAUUGAAGGGGUGGGUGAUGAGGUGACCGUCCUUUUCACGGUGCUUGCCUGCCUUCUGGUGCUGGCUCUUGCCUGGGUCUCAACACACACCGCCGAGGGCACCAACCCACUGCCCCAGCCAUCAGGAACCCCAACACCAGCACAACCCAGUGAAGCCAUGGCAGUCACCGACAGCAUCAGAGGAGAGGCCCCAGGAGCUGAGACCCCCAGCCUGAGACACAGGGGUCACACUGUUCAGCCAGAGCCUGGCACAGGGCUUGCAACAACGCUGCCACCCCCAGACUCCCCGCAGGAGCCCCUAGUGCUCCGGCUGAAAUUCCUCAACGAUUCAGAGCAGGUGGCCAGGGCCUGGCCCCAUGACACCAUCGGCUCCCUGAAAAGGACCCAGUUUCCGGGCCGGGAACAGCAAGUGCGACUCAUCUACCAAGGGCAGCUGCUAGGAGACGACACCCAGACCCUGGGCAGCCUUCAUCUCCCUCCCAGCUGCGUCCUCCACUGCCACGUAUCCCCUCGGGUGGGGCCGCCACGCCCGCCCUGCCCACCGGGGUCCGAGCCAGGCCCCUCCGGGCUGGAGGUAGGCGGGCUGCUGCUGCCCCUGCUGGGACUCCUCCUGCUGCUGCUGUGGUACUGCCAGAUUCAGUACCGGCCCUUCUUUCCCCUGACCGCCACUCUGGGCCUGGCCGGCUUCACGCUGCUGCUCAGUCUCCUGGCCUUCGCCAUGUACCGCCCGUAGUGCCUCCCCGGGUCCUCGGCAGUGUCGCCGGCCCUCCCAGACCUUGCUCCCCACGACGUGGUGGGAGUUGCUGUCUGCCCAGGUCGGCCUCUCCCGCCUGCCUCUUCCCACUACCCUGGAGCCCUGCCCUGCGCCGCAGAGCCCUUCAGGGCCCCGCCGAGGCCCCUCCGGGUGGCCUCCGUGGCUCUGGGCUGCCCGGGGCUGCUGGCCUUCAGCCCUCACUGACUGUGGGCCCCAGGGGGUCGGGCGGCUGCUGUCAGUGCCUCGACCCUGGGCAGAGCCGGGCCGCGCCCCUGGGCCCGCCUUAGUGUUCUGCCUGAGCACCCGGCCGCCUCUAGCCCCAGAGCAUCUUGGGCUGGUUUGGGGAAUCCAGGGACCGCGGGGGGCUGGUGAAGGGGUUGGGAAGGGUGGAGGGGUUCUCUGGAACAUGUGCGGAUUAAAGAACUGUGAAUUUUCA